AUGCGGAGGAUCAAUUCACUGUACUUACGAAUUGGGAUUCUCAAGAUAGUAGUCGGAAAACCAACGAAGCAACCUCACACUUCCCUCGCAUCUCUCUCCUUCUCCACAAGCGGUGGUUAUGGCGGUGGCGGUGAGACUCAGCAGAAUAAUAAUAGCUCAAGGGUCAAGAUCUUUGAUCGAGAUCUCAAGCGCCGUGACCGAGCUGCGUGGCUGUCUCGAAACAAAAACGACACCUUUGUCGACGCUGUUGCUGAGAAUCUUCUUGACCGCUUAGAGGAUUGUAAGAAGAGUUUUCCAUCUGCAUUGUGUUUGGGAGGUUCUCUUGGUGCUGUUCAGCGUUUACUACGUGGUCGUGGUGGGAUUGAAAAGCUUAUCAUGAUGGAUACUUCACAUGACAUGAUUAAAUCAUGUAGAGAUGCUCAACAUGACUCAGUUGAUAAAUCCAUUGACACAUCUUACUUGGUUGGUGAUGAAGAGUUUCUCCCUAUCAAAGAGAGUUCGGUUGAUUUGAUCAUAAGUUCGUUGGGGCUUCACUGGACAAACGAUCUUCCAGGAUCCAUGAUACAGUGCAAACUGGCGUUGAAGCCUGACGGUUUGUUUUUAGCAGCGAUUCUUGGUGGAGAAACCUUAAAGUUUGUUAGAGACGCAGGGAACCUCUUGACCAGGGCUGGUUUUAGUCUCCCUGGCGUUGACGUUGACGAAUAUGUAGUUAAAUACAAGAGUGCGCUGGAUCUUAUAGAACAUCUUCGCGCAAUGGGUGAAACCAACGGUCUUCUCCAGAGAAACAAGGCAAGUUUUCUAUCUUUCUGUCGGAUUUUUUUCUCAAUAUUGAAUCGCGAAACUGCUCUUGCCACGGCAGCCAUAUAUGACUCCAUGUUCGCCACUGAGGACGGCACUAUACCUGCUACUUUUCAGGUGAUUUACAUGACUGGAUGGAGAGAACACUCUUCUCAACCACAGGCCAAGAGGAGAGGUUCAGCCACCGUAUCCUUCACGGAUAUCCAGAAGCAAUUCGGUGGUCAAUCUUGA